AUGAGACUCCGCGAAAGAAUCCGUCCACCAGAGCGCUUUAAUCACGAACAGUUCUACAACCCAUGCUCGCAAAGACCUCUACGUGAGCCUGAAAAGCUAGACCGUCCCGAAUUCAUCCCGUUCAAUUCCGAUCUGCCCCCUGCGGCGUUUCCCACCCUAGACAAUGCACAUCCCUCCAAGCGCGACGACGACGACGACGACGACGAAGAAGAAGAAGAAGAAGAAGAAGAAGAAGAAGAAGAAGAAGAAAGAUACGAACACGAACGGCUUGAGGAUGCAAAGGCAUGCUUACAGAGUCGCCCCUCAGAAUCCUUGGAAAAUAUGAUUGCAAGUAACGGGGAGCUUAACCCAGUUUAUACGAAAAACAUGGUAAUAUUCGCCACCAUGGACCGUGAAUCGUCAAUUGAUAGAGCUAUGACGGAUAGCGAUCUAGACGAGGUCAUGGUUGAUGCCUCCGAGGAGGACAAGAUGGAGAUAUCCUCACAAUUAUGCCAUCGCAAGUGGAGUGAACUUUCCAAACAGGUUCAAGUUGAGAUAGUCAAGAACAUGCUUCAAGAUCUUAAUUGGUCGACGAUGUGCCAUUUACUGGGACUGACUGCAGAGGAGCGUGACGAGGUCCAGCAAAACAUCCUUCGGCGAGAUCAGCAGACAAAACAAGAAGAUUUACACUUGGAGGAGAUGCGAGCAACGCAGCUGAGGGCACUUCUGAGAAUUGACAACGCGACUCGAGGACACAAUCGAGUUCCGCACCAGGGUGUUUUCAGCAAGAUCUCCCGCCGGUUCUCGAGCAGGUUACAAGACCAUUUCAGACCAGACUUCCUAUCAUGUCAUGCUAGCGAAAUUCUGGAUGCCAAUGUAUUCUUGUACACGCGUGGAAUUGAUCGAAAAUAUGCUGGAGAAUGGAGCAGUGGCAUAUCGGCAUGGUGGGGGGUCCCCGAGGAUCAUGACAUCCAGCUUCUCCUAGGAGGCAACCGGCGCACUGAGCCGUACGCUGUGGGGGUCUCCGGCCUUUCGACAGACAACUCAGUGCAUGGAGCUAUAGAUACGGACGCACCCGAGCUUCCUACAUGUUGUACCAUGGUAUCCCCGACCGAAAUGAUGGCUAGGUACCGUCCGAACCCUGCAAGGAAUCUACAACUGUAUAGAUGUGACGCGAACAUCCUGAUGCAGUGGUACGCAAAUAGCCAGCAAAACAGGCCGGAGAAAGUAUAUUACGCUCGCCGGGAGAAUGGAAUAAUAUGUCUAGGUGUCACUGAUGAGAGGGUUGCUCGAUUUAGUGAUACCAGAUUGAAAUAUGUCAGGCCCGAAUGGAUAUAUAAGCAGCCGCCAUUGGAUUGGUUGUUCUAUGAGAAGCCUCCACCAAGCCUUGAACAACUCCAUAGUCUCGCCAACAAGAAGCAUGAUCCAAAGAAACCACAGCAAGCGGCUUUCGUUCUCCCGACACGGCCUUCAGAGACAAACGUAGGUGGAAACGGAGCUCACAGCCGUGGAGUUCAAUCUACGUCUUCUCUGAGGCUUGCACAGCAACAUGAAGGAUCGACUUCGGAAGUACAGAGGGGGAUACCGGCAAAGACAAACAGAGACAGAAUGUAUGUUACCUUUUCCGAGUCAGGGAAAUCUUUCAGUCCUACAGUCCGGUUCCCACAAGCAACCCUAGAGAAAACAGUGUCCCUGACCGGCUCAGACUGCCUCUCUACAGAGGAUAGGAAUAAAGCCCCAUCCCUAAACACGCAACCACCUCUCGCACUGGAUACUCAGGAGAAUCAAAUUGGAUCUGUGCAAGAGGGUUCUGGCCAUGAGGUAGAAAAUUCGCCAAACGAUAACCCGGAAUCGGACAGAUGCUCAAAAGGACCGGCCCAACUGGGAGCCACGAAGGAAGCAAUAAACCACGCACCCGAGGAGGAUAGCAGUGAGGAUGACCAGGAUGAUGACGAGGUUGUGCUUCUACUCGUUCCGACAGUUUCAUAGACUACUGGGAAAAGGCCGACUGACGAAAGAUGCACUUUUCCCGCGUGGUGCUGUCUGGUUUGACAGCUAAGCGUUUGUGAAGAACCAGCGGUCCUUGUUAGGUGCCAAUUUUUCUAAGUCUCGG